AUUUGACUAUCUCUUCUUCCAUGUUUAUCCAUCCAUUCUUGCGUGUGUAUAUACGAGUGACAUCGAGGUUGAAGAACCAAUAUCUGCAAGGUGAAGCCAUGGAGCAACUAUGGAAGUUGCAUGUGAUCAUUGUUUUGAAGCUAAUGAUGAUUUUUCAAGUUUCUGUGAGGUCGGAAGCGGUGGAUCCCACACAAGGAUUCACGCGUGUUGGUUUAGACGAGUCUAAUUUUCAGGUGCAAAGGCCCUAUGAUGUGCCUGUUAACCAGCGUUACAGCUUCGUUAAUGGAGUUCACAGGUUAUGGGUUUACUCUACAGACAAGCCUCACACCCCUGACAGCGACACUCUACCCCGUACUGAGAUCCGAAUAACAGGACACGAUUACACAUCUGGUGUGUGGCAAUUUGAAGGGUAUGGAUACGUGCCAAGUGGAACAACUGGGGUAUGCAUAAUGCAAGUGUUUGGAGGAAGCCCUUCUGCGACGACGCUUCAGCUCAGGGUUUACGACGCUUCUCUCACGUAUUACAGAUCCCCUGUCCUGUUCCCAAACAUGUACGACACGUGGUUCAGACUCAACGUCAUUCAUGACGUGGCUUCUUCCAAUGUUAAGGUUUACAUCGAUGGAGUCCUCAAGUACGAUGGACCUGGUCGGGGACAAGCCACUCACUACUUCAAGUUUGGGGUUUACACUCAGAAUGAUCCUUCCCAUUACAUGGAAUCUCGUUGGAAGGAUAUCAAACUUUUCACAAAGUAGUUUCUAUAUAUACGUACCAUGCUUUUUAACUUGAAUGGUUUGUAAUAAUCAUCAUAUGAACAAUAAUAAUAAUUCGGAUAUGGGCAAUGACCAAUCUGAUCAACUUGUCUAU